GGCCGCGGUGGCGGGUUAGUACUUCUCUUCGCUCGUCUUCCCUGGGCUCGGCCGGGCGGGCGGGGCCGGAGCCGAGGGAGGGAGGCGCCUGGGAGUUCCUGGACCCCCGCCCCCGUGGGGAAACUGAGGAAGAGAAACAAGCUCCACCGAAGAAUCCAACCAAGGGAUGGCUUUCUCUCUAGUUGAAUAUGGAGGCCACAGGGACAGAUGAAGUUGACAAGCUAAAAACUAAAUUUAUGUCAGCUUGGAACAACAUGAAAUACAGCUGGGUGUUGAAAACAAAGACGUAUUUCAGCAGGAGUUCACCGGUAUUAUUGCUGGGGAAGUGUUAUCAUUUCAAGUCUGAAGAAGACGAGGAGACACCGCCUGUCAGAUCGAGAUGGGCAGUAGAGAAUGACCACGUGGUCAUUUCAGGGAACGUAGAAGAAUUUCGUCGAGAUUUCAUUUCUAGAAUAUGGCUGACCUAUAGGGAAGAGUUCCCGCAGAUUGAGGGCUCCGCGUUGACCACAGACUGCGGCUGGGGCUGCACUUUGAGAACCGGCCAGAUGCUCCUGGCGCAAGGGCUCAUUCUCCAUUUCCUUGGCAGAGCCUGGACCUGGCCAGAUGCACUGGACAUUGAAAACUCAGAUUCUGAAUCGUGGACUUCUCACACAGUAAAAAAACUCACAGCGUCAUUUGAAGCGUCCCUUACGGGAGAAAGGAUGCCCAAAGUCCCCUCAUCCGCUCUUAAAGAAACACACAGGAGGGACUCUGACGAUGAAGGCAGAAAUGAGGGCUGCCACAGGAAGAUCAUCUCGUGGUUUGGAGACUCUCCAUUGACCUGCUUUGGCCUGCAUCAGCUGAUUGAAUAUGGGAAGAAGUCUGGGAAAAUGGCUGGAGAUUGGUAUGGCCCAGCUGUUGUUGCACACAUUUUAAGAAAAGCUGUUGAAGAGGCACGACACCCUGAUUUACAAGGAAUAACAGUUUACGUUGCUCAGGAUUGUACAGUUUACAAGGCUGAUGUCAUUGACAAACAGUGCAUUUCUACGGGCUCUGAGAGUACAGAAGACAAAGCGGUUAUUAUAUUAGUUCCUGUUCGACUCGGAGGGGAGAGAACCAACAUGGACUACUUAGAAUUUGUGAAGGGAAUUUUAAGCCUUGAAUAUUGUGUGGGCAUCAUUGGUGGAAAACCCAAGCAGUCAUAUUACUUUGCUGGAUUUCAAGAUGACAGCUUGAUAUACAUGGACCCUCAUUACUGCCAGUCUUUUGUAGAUGUCAGCAUAAAGGAUUUCCCUCUUGAGUCAUUUCAUUGUCCUUCUCCCAAAAAGAUGUCGUUCAGAAAAAUGGACCCUAGUUGUACUGUAGGAUUUUACUGUAGAGACGUCCAAGACUUUGAGCGUGCUUCAGAAGAGAUCACCAAGGUGCUGAAAGCCUCCUCCAGAGAGAAAUAUCCUUUAUUUACUUUUGUCAAGGGCCAUGCCAGAGACUAUGAUUUUACCUCCACUCCGACCAAUGAAGAUGACCUUUUCUCAGAAGAUGAAAAGAAAAGCUUGAAAAGAUUUAGCACAGAAGACUUUGUCCUGCUCUGAGGACGUUCUGCAUUAGAGUGUCCGUAGUUACUCAGAACGCUUCUUUGAAAAUAAAGAACAAAAUAAGAGAAACCUGCAAUGCAGAAACUGAUCUAUUUUUGUAAAUAUUUUGGUGAUAUUUUUUAACAUUCUUUCACAAAAGAACAUUUGAAAAUAUACCUUUUUAAAGAUGUGUAUAUUUCUGAAAGCGCCUGAUUGAAAGAAUCUUUGUUGCUAAUGAACGUCUGGCAGUCCUGGCUCACGACUAGUGGGUGGCGGAUGAUCUGUGUAUGUGAUUUCCAAAUGAAUCCCCUGCAGUCCUGUAGAUCUGGGACCUCUUUACCGUGACUGGCCUGGGGGUUUUGUUUUGCCCAUCUGUGAUCCUGGAGCCCGAGGCCACUCUUCGACAUCCGAGAUUUAAGCUCCUCUCGCUGACUGACGAGACUGGACAAUUAACCCCUGACGCCACCUACCCUUCCCCUCCACAUGUUAAUACGGCCAAAGGGUCCAUCGAGGCGUUCCUGGUUCAGUCUGACUAGCAAUUACUCACCGUAACAGGGGCAAUUAUAUCGGCAGAAUUGUGAGUGAAGAGCCUGCUUAGCAGUAUGAUUUCAUGAUGGCCUCUCCUUAAGCUUAACAUGUAACCUUAUGAGAGGUGACUCGGAAGUAUCGGCUUUCCCCACAUUUUUAAAGCUGAUGUUAUUAAUAUUAACUGCAACCAAACAAGCCAGAUAAAGGCAAGGAUUACAUGGGAACGAUGCUUGUUUCCUGUCUCAACCACAUACUUUUAUCAGGACUCUACUUGUGCUGCUCCAGCAUCACACUCUAGGCUGACAACCUGGCGGGGGCAGGGGUGGGGGGAACCAGUAAAUAUCCUUGCUUGGGGGCUGUCCGUCCCUUGGUCUCUCCACAGUGACUGUAAAUCAGCGUGCAUUUGUGCAGGUGUUCAGUCACCGAGGUUACCCACGAGGUAAAUCUUCCUUAAGUAGUAGUAUGCCUUCACAAAGAGCAAAUUUGUGAUUGAAAAGUACUGAGGCUAUAAUGGAGCCGGGAUUGUAAAACAAAUGCGUUAAUAAAGAUGUGAGAACAUUAAA